AUGGAGAACCACCAUGCUUCAGAGAUGAACGGAGUAGUUGCUGAGUAUCUGAACAUGUGCAUCGAGUCCAAACAUAAUGGUUUAUGCAAAAAUGAGAAGGACUCCAAGGACUCUGCAGAUUCAGACAGGCUGUCUAACAUUGAGAAAGCUUAUAGCACCGUACUGAGUGAGCUUGGAGAGGACGUCGACCGGGAGGGACUUCUACGUACACCACUACGUGCUGCCAAAGCCAUGCAGUUCCUCACCAAAGGCUACAAAGAAACAACCCAAGAUAUCUUGAACGAUGCAAUCUUUGAUGAAAACCAUGAAGAGAUGGUGAUUGUCAAGGACAUUGAUUUGUUCUCUCUCUGUGAACAUCACCUGGUGCCCUUCUUUGGCAAGGUUUCACAGGAAAUGUACAGUUCCACCGUUUAA